CGUUCAAACGUUUUCCCUCUACGCGUUUCUCCCUCUUGCACACCCAUUCCUGUCCCGUCCCUCCCUCUGCGAUCUGUUUCUUCCCCUUAAAUUCUCUCCCCGUCUCACUCAUAUAUGGUGCUAUGGCGGUGCUCUCGAACGUUAGUCCUGUAUACGUGGCGCUGCGUUUUGUAUUGUUAUACUCAUUGCUUUCAUUAGAAACAUCUGCUACAAACGGGAUCUCUACUGCUUCUGUGUCUGGACUUUUACCCCCUUAUGAUGCCUUGUAUUACUUGGGUGUCCGGGCAUAUUUUGAGAAAGACUGGGAGAAAGCGGCGGAGCUAAUCGAGAAAUCAAUCGAAACUCGGGAAACUAUACUUCGGAGACGCAGAGAAUGCCAUGACAACUGUGGUGCAGCAGGGCAUGACAGGCUGGAAAAACUAGACACAGAGAAGGGCAGCGUGUGGGACUUGUGGGCCAUAGACUGGGUCCAGCGCAGAGCAGAAUGUAUCCGGUUCUGUUUGGGUCGGACCAUCAGUCCAGCUGGCCAGCUUUCUGUCUCUACAGACAUCCAGUAUGAAUUCGACACCCGCAACCCCUACAACUACUUACAGGUCACAUACUACAAGCUAGGGAAGAUACAGAAAGCAGUGCCGGCAGCCCAGACUUUCUUUGUGGCCAAUCCCAGUCACCUGGAGAUGAGGAACAACAUCGAGAAGUACAAACGGAUGCCAGGAGUUACAGACGAGGCCUUCCACGACAGAGAGAGGGAUGGAAACCAACAGUGGUAUCUCUACGACGCGGCACUCCUGGCGGAAUCCUCGGGCGAGUGGGCGCGCGCCGCGGAGGUGUGGAGGAAGUGCGUGAACGAGACGCUGAAGCAGACGGAGGAGUGCCGGGCGCAGUGCGAGGUGGAGGGGCAGGGGAUUCCCGACGAGGAAAUCUCCAAAACAACGAGAGUGUUUGAGAAGGCUGCAGCUCUCGCCCUCCACCUGCUGUCCUGUAAGCAAUCCUGUGUGGCCAUCGUGUCAACACGACCUGGAAGGAUUUCUCCAGUGGAGGACUUCCUGCCCACAGUGCUGGAGCACUUACACAUUGCACAGUUCAAAGCUGGUGACCUGAGGGGGGCAGUACAGACUCUUCGCUCCCUUCUCCUCUUCUACCCCUCGGACUCUGACUCCCUUUCCAACCUGCAACUCUACUUUGAGACACUGGGUGGCGACACUGAGGCACAAGAGGCACAGCCCAAUCAGGAAAUAUCAACCUAUGUUAACAGGUCCCUGCUGGAAAAGAGUCUUCUGUACUUUGGAGUUGAGAAUCUGGAAUUCAACUUCACUGACCCUGACUUGUGGACGCCAGAGGAAGUCGUGCCUGAGUCACUGAGAGAUGUGUGGAGAGUGGAGAGGGAAAAACUGAAUGAAAAAAUUAAGGAGGCAGAGAAGGACGUAGAACUGGAUGACAGCGGGUUCUAUGCAGGGGGCACUGUUCCUCUCGUCGGAGUGACGAUCACCAUGGAUGACGACAUGCUAAAUGGGACAAAUCGUGUUGUUCUGGAUGGUAUUUUAUCUCAGCCCGAAUGUGACAAAGUGCUACAGCUGGCUGCCACUGCAGCGUCAUUAGGCGAUGGUUACCGGGGGCGACGGUCCCCACACACACCGCACGAAAAAUUUGAGGGCCUGACAGUCCUGAAAGCGUUGAAUUUGGCUCAGGAUGGAUUUGUCAACCAAACGGAUGCCAGGCUGCUUCAUGAGAUCGGGGAGAGGGUCCGGACUCUCCUCCACUCGUACUUCCGCAGCCCUUCUGCCCUCUACUUCUCAUUCACCCACCUGGUGUGUCGCUCCGCCAUCACAGGGAAACAGGAAGGGAGGCUGGACCUGUCCCACCCUGUGCACGUGGACAACUGUCUGCUGGAGCCUGAGACCAGACAGUGCUGGAGGGAGCUGCCUGCUUUCACCCACAGAGACCUCAGUGCCUUACUCUACCUGAAUGAGGACUUUGAAGGCGGGGACCUGUUCUUCACAGACAGAGAUGCGAAGACCGUUUCGGCCACAGUGAGGCCAAAAUGCGGGCGGGUCGUUGGGUUCUCUUCGGGACCUGUCAAUCCUCACGGAGUUACCGCAGUGACCGCUGGCCGGAGGUGCGCAUUGGCCCUCUGGUUCACCAAAGAGAAGCUGCACAGGGACAUGGAGCGGGAGGAGGCGGAGGCGGCGUGGGCGAAGGACGGAGUGAGCGUGACCCGAGAGAAGGAGGAGGCAGGCGCCUCCACCCCAGCUCGCUCGGGGCGGAGUCAGAGCUCCAGGGAGAGGGGCAAAGUCAGGGGCAGGGUGGUGGGGGCGCGGGACGAAUUGUGAGGGGCGGGGGAGGCGAGAGCCAGGACCGCCGCGUUCAAACGGGACACUCGCGCAGACGGCUCACUUCCAUUCGGGCUGCACCCCCCAGCCGUGGGCCUGUCUCUUAGCCGCUGCCCGUUUCCCUCUCACUUCAGUAGCAGUGACUGUUUUUGUGUCAGAAAGACGACACUUGUGCCCGUUGCUCCUUUUCCCCUGGUAAGUAAGUCUAUGUCAGGUCUUAUGAUGUAAUGUUUUUUUUUUUAUCUAUUAAAAAAAGAAAUGACUCUAAAAUAAAACAAGCCCAUUCCACUGA